AUGAGAACCGUAGUUCCAGAGGCUGGCUCUCGGCCUUCCUUGGGCGCCUUCCUGCGCUACGCCGUCACCUCCACGCCGAAGCAGGACCAGAGCCGGAACGUGCCGCUGAACCUGGCGGCCGCGCCGGGAGCCCCAGAGCCGGGGCCGGCCUUGGGCGGCAGCGCCUCAGAACUCGUGGCCCUGCUGAGGCAGGUGAUGUUGCAGCUGCUGGAGGACUUCUUUGAUCCUGCCAGCAACGACGUCGACUAUGUGGCCAUGUGCGCGUCUUCGCAGUGGAGCCUCUUUCGCGCCCUGGCGGCCGAGAUCGGCGAGCCCCGGCUCCGGCCAGAGCUGGAAGCUUUGGGCGAGGCGGACCGGAAGGCCUUCUUCAUCAACCUCUACAACGCCAUGACUUUCCACGGCGUCACGACCUUCGGACGCCGCGAAGGAUGGUGGUACCUGUACUGCUUCUUCAUCACGCCGGCGGUCUCGUACCGUGUGGCCGGCACCCAGAUGAGCUUGGAUGACAUCGAGCACGGCAUUCUUCGUGCCCGCAAUGGCUACUUCAAGGAUCCCGAACAGGAGCUCCAGCGUCGGCUUCGUAUGGAAGCCGUGGACCCACGGAUCCACAUGGCCCUCAAUUGCGGCGCGAAAGGUUGCCCCGCCGUGGCUGUCUACACCGGCGGCGACAAUCUAGACGCCGAGCUCGACUCCGCAGUGGCCGGCUUUGUGGCAGCGGACGCGAACGUGCGCGUCACCCAGGAGGCCUCCGGCAUCCGGCUAGAUCUCUCCGAGAUCUUCAAGAUGUACUUGGAGGAUUUCGUCGGCGCAGCAACCGGCAAAGACUCGGAACGUGCCCUGGCGCGCUGGCUGCUGCCCUUUGCCAGCGAAGACCAGCGUCCGCUGCUUUCGAAAGCAGUGGAGGGCGCGCCCAUCCGCUUGCAGUGGAUUCCCUACGACUGGGCCACGAACGGUACGGAGGUUCCGCUGGACAAGUACAUCUACUCCGUGACUUUCUGA